GCCCUCCCCCGUCUUCUCUCCCGCACGCGCACUCUGUGUCCACUCUGCAGUUUGAGAGGAGACGGUCUGCAUCAGAAGAGGAAAACAUGCCGGUUUUCGCAGUGAACACUAACGUGGCCAAGGGCGAUGUGCCGCCGGCUCUCUUGUCAGAGGCCACGGAGAAGCUGGCCGCAGCAAUGGGUAAACCUGCACAGUACAUUGCUGUCCACAUCAUUUCUGACCAAACGAUAUUGUUUGGAGGAAAGGGGGAUCCUUGCGCUCUUUGUUCACUGCACAGCAUCGGCAAGAUCAGUGGAGCACAGAACAAGGAAUACUCCAAACUCCUGUGUGGACUACUGAACAAGCACCUGGGAAUCUCUACUGACAGGAUUUACAUCAACUUUUUCGACAUGGAUGCUGCCAAUGUGGGCUGGAACAACUCUACAUUUGCCUGAGAUGGAGGGCUAUCAAAGUGAAUUAGAAGGUCAUUCCAGUGUUUUUCAAAUGACUAGUUGAAAUGAUCCAGAAAUAGAAAAGAUUGGCUAUUGUCAAAAAUGUAAUGCCUGAUUUGAUUUUGAUCAUGUUUUGUCCUUUCAUCAGAUAAAAGUGACUCAAUGGACCUGAGCACCUUUUUCUCAUUCCCAGUGACAGAACCACAGCAUACUGUAUUUGUGAAGAAAAGAGUGAAGUUGAUGUUAGGUUUAGACAUGUGGCAUGCCGAGGUAGGAUACCCCGUCUCUUCCCACCGAAGUGUGUAUGUAUGAGCCAUCUCCUCAGGUAUUUAUUUUGAUUCUGUUGUAAGAGGAAAAUAUGUUAUUGCAACGAGUAUGUAACCAUCUUCCUGAAGAACUGUACUCUGAUUUUUCAUCCUGGUUUUGCAAUGUGAAAUUAAACAACAUACUCACGAAUUCAUUGGCCUCCAUAGCUUUGAUCA